AAGAAUGUUUCUUCGUCUUGCGCUGCGCGGCUCAAAAACUUCGUCAGUUUUCGUGCGACGCAAUUCAUUUGUGGCCUCGGUGAAACUCUCUGAGGUCCUACGGAAGGAUGACAUUCAAUGCCGAGAAUAUAAAGAGCAAGGGAAAUUUCUCAUUCUAAAUGACAGAGGUAAUCCUGUCAUCGAAGGACCAGCAGAUGCAAAAGCGCUCGUCAGGAAUAGUUCGCAAAAAGAUUACGGAAAAUUCUCGUUGGGAUUUGCGACUUACGAUGUUGCACAAUACUUGGGAUCCAUGGAAGACUCGGUUUUCUUAGGGAUCGAUCCUGCAGACGAGAAAGCCUUGUUUGGAAUUUCAGCCAAAACUGACGAAGACACUCUCGAAGUCGGCGACGGAUUAGUGUUCCUCAACUGGCGAGCCGGGUUCUUUUUGCUGAAAGAAACCCACGUCCAGCUCAUGUGUCGCGCUUCAUCCAUGCUCACGUGGCACAGAAAUUUCAAAUUCUGCUCCCGUUGCGGAGCACCUGCACAAAGAAACGUGUCCGGGAGUUUCAUAACUUGCUCGAAAUGCGGUGCCAAAUAUUUCCCAGCCACCAGCCCAGCCGGGAUCGUGUUGAUCCGGAAUCGAAGCGACGAUGCCGUGCUGUUGGUGCAGCAUACGCAAAAAAUGAGACCUACCCGGCAAGUGUAUUACACUUGCGUUGCUGGGUUCUGUGACAUGGGAGAAGGGAUCGAAGACGCUGUGAGACGAGAAGUGGCGGAAGAAGUCGGGCUGGAGGUUGAACGUGUGAAAUAUUUGCGCUCCCAACAUUGGCCCUUCCCUGCUUCUUCGCUCAUGAUCGGUUGCACUGCCAUGUGUGAUGAUAAAAUCGAACCAGUAAUCGAUCUUGACGAACUGGUGGAUGCCCGGUGGUACAGUCGAAAACAAGUUGGUGAAUGCCUUAGGGUCGCUGAUGAAUCCCCGUGGAAAGCCGUCACUGGUGGCGGGGACUUCUCCAUUCCUCCAAAAGGAACCGCAGCCUACGCUUUGAUCAAAUCCUGGUUUUCGGGUGAUGAAUCGCAAUGAAAUUUUGUACUAAUUUUUCUGGUGCUGAUGGAUCAAAGACGGAUUAUUUUUUCCCA